UCUCCUCCGGCAUUUCUCCGUGCAGCCUAGGUUAUUCCUCUCGCCGAGCAGACUACAGUAGGCUCCUAGAAGGACGAGCUCGAAGCACCGUGCGCCGCAUGUGCGUGCUAAUGGCAUUGCCCGAAUCGCAGCUCACCCCCGUCGUCGCCCGCGCAUGAGCUUGUGUCGCAUUGCUCUCCCACCUUCGCAGCGAUCCGCUGCGAGUCUCAUCGAUUUUCUUCGCAACCGCCUUCCUUCGCCUGGGCACCUGGGCACAUAUUGAAGCAUUAUUUGAUAAAUUGUCUAAUUUGCGCGCGCACUUUCACGGCAGGCGCACCACAUUCCCCCGUUCGGUGCAUGGGGAGCGACGGCUCCGCCGAACCGACAAACCGGCGCCUUCCCCCCUUCGAAUCCGACAACCUACGCGCCAUUUCUUCCGCCCCUUCCGCCUUCUCCCCCAUGGCGUCCGCCCACACAGCCUGCCCGUGCCCCGCGCCCGUCGACGAGCGCGCAGCCGCGCGCGUCAACUCCGCGGGGUCGGGCGGCGGCAGUCGCAGCCCGUCGUGGAAGCUGAAGGGGAGCAUCCUCAGCAAGGCGCUGCGCAGCCUGCAGGGCCGCGGCAAGCCCAAGGCGCAGUCGUCGCUCGGUGUUGACAGCGACUCGGUCGAAUCCAACGGCCAGCAGUGCAGCCGCAGCGAGCGGAUGGACCCAUCGCCACAACUAGCGGCGCUGCCGCGGCCGCAGCUGGCGCGGUCGCUGUCGCACGGCAGUCGCGAGAAGACGCGGCUCGGGCUGCCGCAGCAGCAGCAGGCCAGCGUGCCCGCCAGCCCGUUUCACCUCGACAGCGGCGCGGUCAGCCCGGAAUUGGCGCCGACAUUGUCAGCGCCGAACGCGCUGAGUCCCGUGGCGACGGAGACGCAUCUGAUGGACAUGGACAUGCCCAUGCUCGCGCAGGCGGCGCUCGCGCACUCCCUGGGCGUGCAUCCCGCGCUCGUGUCCGCGAGCUCGGGCAGCGAAGCAUCGCCGUCGGGGCGGGCGGCGACGGCUGGGGAAGCGGGGGAGGCGGCGGGGUGCGCCGCAUCAGGGGAAUGGCCGCCUAGCGGGUGGCCACAGGCGGGCGACGGAGCAGCGCCGGGCAGCGGAAGUGGCGCGCAUGGCGAAAGCGGAGGGCGGAACAAUGCGGCCGCGGGCGAAGGAAAUUCGCAAUCGCGGCCCAUCCCGCCCAUCCCGCCCAUCCCCACGCCUCCCGCGCCCCUCUCUCCCCUCAACAUGCCCCUGGCGGGCGCGCCCCCUCCCCCAAGAGAGUCCCGCUCCGCCCAUCGCAGCCGAUCGCGGGAAAAGGCGCGGGGGCACGGCGGGCACGGCGGGCAUGGGGGAAGGCACAGCCAGCGCAGCAUGAGCCACGACGAGGGGCAGCUGCACGGGUGGGCGGGGGCGGAGGGGGAAGGGGGGGAGGAGGACGAGGAGGAGGAGGAGGAGGGGGGCGAAUGGGGGGAGGCGGAGGAGCAGGUGCGGGAGAAGCUGGCACGCAUCGAGGGCAAGCUGGCGCGGCUGCGCGCCAAGCGCGAGCAGUAUGUGGCGCGGCUGCAGCGUGUGCAGGCCAAGAAGGAGAAGGUUGCGGGGCCCAUCCAGCAGUGGCUCCGCCCCCCGCCCCGCCUGCAGCAGUAGCCAGGGGAGGGGGGGAUGGCGUGGGUGGGUGUGGGGGAGCAGUGGUGGUGGCGCAGAGGGUGGGACGGACGCCUGCUCCCUCCCGCGCUGCUGCUGCUGCUCUCCUCGCCUGCCAUCACACUUCUGGCUCCUCACUCCUCGCCUCUACCUCUACUGCUUGUGCUGUGAGGCCGGCUGUAGCGGCGCGACGAGAAAUGUACUGCCCGCCCGUGGAUGCGUCAGUUGCCACGAUGACACAUGGGGAGCUCGUGAAGAGUUGAACCACACCCCCCUGCUUAGGCUGAGCUUGUGUUUCCUUUCCAUGCAUAGAGCCCUGACAGUUGUGCAGUGCAGGGUGUCCUUCAUACCAUAACCCCCAAAAUCUGUCAAUCAUCCCUCUGGAUUCCAGAGUCUGGAAAGCUGCUCCACUCCUGCUGGCUGGACUUGAACCACAU